ACUCACCUACACCGUCAUUAAGCGAUCUACCCUCUUUACCCUCUUGACCCUCUCCCCAGCCAAGCCGUGCCCUGCCUUGCCCUGCCUUGCCCUGCAUCGCGGCGGUCUACAUAAACUUCAUCAAUUUAAAAUCACAAAAUCAUAACAAAAACAUACAAAUCACACACAAUCAUACAAUUUCCAUAAUAUUUAAUAAACUGUCAUUAUCUCCAUUUUAUCAUAUCAUAAAUACCAUUGUCUAAUUGGCUGUCGCCUAUCUUGAUAGACACGUCUCGAAGCUUCAAUUACGCAAAAUGGCAACCAUGGCAUCGGCUACCGCUGUUCGCGAUAUCCUCAAGACCUCCUCUCUCAGCCGAGACAACUUAACUGCUGUAGCGGCUGCUCGGAGCGUCCCUGUGACACGAACUCAUUCCCUCCCGACUCCUCCCAAUUCCAUAUCCCCUACUCUGCCACCCCACGGCCUAAGGGCUCAGCUGCAAAAGGCCAGGCUCGAACCUGUCGACUCGGAUCUUGACCUCCACGAUGCUGAGCAUAGUCCUCUUGGUUCACCGACCUUCGAGUCCGCAGGUGCUAUCACUCCGGCCCUCCUCGCCAAAUUCCACCUUCCGGAGAUUCUACUGAACCACGGGCCUUUGGCUAUUCGAUACAUCAUGGGGUACCUGACGACCUCGGUGCCCGGAUUUGCGGGUAUUCCUCCACCGAAGGCACGAAGGUUAGUCGUGGCAGCGCUGGAAGGACGUGGACAAGGACACGGCGUCGAAGGUGGAGGAGUUUAUGGUGACGUGGAAUUUCAAAAAGUCGGAUGGGGCCGAUGGGACGCCAGGCGACGUGGCCAAUCCACUCGAGAAGCCUCAUCUCGACAAAACUUAGGCGCUGUCAACCCUAGCUCCCAUCCAGCUAGCAUACCAAUCUCGAAAGGCACAGGGUGGAGUGCUGACCGAUCCCGACUGAACCCACGUGCUAUCAGCACUGGAAACUCGGCGGCAUUUUCUCACGACGACCGGGACGUUACCAUGAUGGAGAACGAGGCCGAUAAGAUGUCUCUCGAUUCUCUCGAUGAGCCUGCCUCGGCAUCUUGCUCCUCGGCCCCUGAUAACGAAGAUAUGAUCAUGAAUGACGACCCCGAAGAUGCCACUGAUGACGAAGAUUGGGCUGCCGUAGGGGCUGCCGCACUGCGAGCAGCAUCAUACUCGAGCCCAACCGAUGUACGUCAAGGUGCAGACUAUCUUUCCUCUCGUGUAUAUAACUCGUGUGGUUUCCGAUCAUUCUCCGGCAAUACCGGCAUGCUUCGGGAGCCGCGUCUCGAUAACAUCGAUCUGGAUGCAUUGGCCGCUUCGUCAGACGCGCAGGAGCGCGAGGCUAUUCAGGCACUUUUACAACUCGGUUCUGUAUAAUAAUUUAGCAUAUGCGGCGUUUUAGGAACAACCCAUUUCAUCACGGGUUUGGUUUGGUUGGCUGGGCUGGCUGGGCUGGCUAUCGUCGUUUUCCAUCCCUGAUCAAGGCACCUUUUCGUCUGGAUCAUUUUUUUCCACAUCAU